UCAUUGAUCAACAAAUGUAACAUUUAAGGGCUAAAUAAGUACAAUGUAAUAAAAAAUAUAUACUCAUAUGAGUGGAUAAUGAUGAUGCAUGAAUAGUACAAACCAUAGUUUAACUUAUAUCUUAUUCUUAUAUCAUCAUUUAAAGUUCAUUGAAUGAAUGUGAAUAUGGGUAUACCAAUUGAUCGUUUUGUAAAUCCAGUUGAUGAAAAUUUAAUUUGUGGUAUUUGUCAUGGUGUAUUUAUUAUACCCGUAGUAACAGAAUGUGGUCAUACAUUUUGUGCUAAUUGUUUAAAAAUAUGGUUAAAUUCAAAAUUGGAACAUUUAAAUCAUUUAACAAUAAAUGAUAAUGAUCGACAACGUUUACAAUUUACAUGUCCAACUUGUCGAACAAGACUGAAUGUUAAUAAUCAUCAACAAACGAAUGUUAUCAAUUCAGUAGUAAGCACAACAAAUAAUAAUUAUUGUUGUCAUGAUAAACCAAAUAUUAAUUUAUUAUCAGUAGCUAGACCAGUAAUUGCAUUAAAGAAUUUUUUAAAUUCAUUACAAAUUUAUUGUGAAUAUGCUAAACGUGGAUGUACUACAAUUGGUAGUGUAGAAUUAAUACAUUUUGGUAAUCAUCGACAUGUAUGCGCUUAUGUACCAGUUGAUUGUGCUGGUUGUGGUAGAACAUUAAAUAGAAUUGAAUUAGCUGCACAUCAAUUAAGUUGUUUUGGUAUACAGGCUGAACUAGGCGAACUACAUCGGGAAAACAUUAAAUCAUCUCAAGAAAUACAAUCAACAGUUGAUGUUGGUAUUCAAACUUUAACAUGUUCCAUAGAAGAAGAAGAGCUUAUUCAUCAAAGAAAUUGUACACAUUUAACACAAUCCAAAGAUAUGACAACAAAUUUAUGUAGUUCCAGUGUUCAAACAUAUGAUGAAAAUUUAAAAAGUACACAUGAUUUUCAAGUUCAAACAGAUUUCAACCAUAACUUACCUUCGGUAAAGAUUGAUCAACAUUAUAAUAAUAGAAGUUUACAACUUUUAAAUGUUAGUUUAAUUAAACUUGUUCAUGCAUUACGUAUAGAAUUAGAUUCAGCUCAAAAUGAAUUAUAUAUGAGAAAUAGUAAAUAAACUUAAUAUUGUUAUUCAAUGAAGAUUAUCAAAUAUUUAUUGACUUAUUUAAUUAAAUAAAUUAAUUAAUGAAGUA